AUGUUCAAUGGGACAGUGAAUAGAACCCAUGAGGUUGACAGCUCUCAGUACAAUUAUCUUGCCCUCGUGUUUGGUGUCCUGCUAAUAGUAGCCAUCAUCCUAGGCAAUGUCCUGGUGUGCCUCAGCGUGUUUAUUGAGAGAUCCUUGAAGACAGCGACAAACUACUUCAUAGUCAGCCUGGCUAUAGCAGAUUUGCUUCUUGCUGUCCUUGUCCUGCCGCUCUAUGUUUAUACUGAGUUUCAGGGUGGGAUUUGGACUCUGAACAUCUUCCUGUGUGAUGUAUUAAUGACAAUGGAUGUGAUGCUUUGCACAGCCUCCAUUUUCAACCUCUGUGCAAUCAGUGUGGACAGGUACAUUGCUGUGAUUGUACCCCUGAAGUACAACAGAAACCAUUUCAGUGGACGCCAGCUAGUUCUCAUCACAGCCACCUGGCUUCUGUCUCUUGGGGUGGCCUCCCCAGUUAUCUUUGGGCUCAACAAUGUUCCUAACCGAGAUGUGACAGAUUGUAAACUGGAGAACGGCACUUUUGUGGUUUACUCCUCCAUCUGCUCCUUCUUCGUCCCAUGUCCGAUUAUGCUGCUCCUGUACUAUGGAAUGUUCCGGGGCCUCAAACGCUGGGGGGAGAGCCGGAUAACAACACUCUCAGCCCAGGAACACCAGCUCUCCUUCAAGCUCAGGCCCAGCAAGGGCGAGAGGCAAGUGGUUAAAUACUUGGUGCCAAACCUAAGCCCCACUGCAGCUAAGAACAUUCCUAAAAGUGAUUUAAUAAUGACGCAGCUCGAUAGCACAUCAGACCUGGAAGCACCAGAAGGAGCAAAGGUGGGAACCCCAAAGGAGAAUGGAUUCAUGUCCCGUCAGGGCCUGGGGAAAGGGGCCAUCGGGAGAAGCCGCAGAGUCAAUGGACGUGAGAGGAAAGCAAUGAAAGUCCUACCGAUUGUAGUAGGAUUGUUCCUCGCUUGCUGGACUCCAUUCUUUGUCGUUCAUAUCAUGAAGGUUUUGUGCGAGGCCUGCACCAUUGGCUCCAUGCUGAUCAGUGUGGUCACAUGGCUGGGAUAUGUAAACAGUGCCGUCAAUCCCAUCAUCUACACAGCCUUCAACACUGAAUUCAGGAAGGUCUUUCAGAAGCUGCUACGCUGUCAGACAUGUGCAGGGCCUUGACAAAUCUGCACCGUGUAUCCAUGCCUAGAAUAG